CUCCCACAAUUAACAUCAAACCCAAAAAGGCAAUGGGUCACGUGAACCUCGAGCCUAUGCUUUUUUUUUAAAUGGUUGCAGAAGGAAAUGUCACCGUGAUUGCAGAAACGCUGCAACUCGAUCGAUCUUGUCGUGUCAACCUGAAUUUUACUGAAGAAGACUGUAUGGCGAUGGACGAUGGAAAUCAUUCGGACGUUCAGAAAGCCGUCCAAGUCUACCAAAACAAUUUCAAUUAUUAUCAAGGAUUGACGGCCAGCCUUUUGCCUAUCCUGGUUAUUUUCUUGGUUGGAUCCAUCAGCGAUCGUUACGGCAGAAAACUGCCGAUGGUCAUCGUGCUAGGCGGGUUUGUCGUCUACGCUAUCGUUUACCUCCUCGUUAUUCUUAAUCCGUCAUGGCCUGUGGAAGUUCUCUACGCUGCUUCACUAGCCGUCAAUGCAACAGGAAGUUGGGUCGUUUUCAACAUGGCAGUCUACAGCUAUUUAGCUGAUAUCACAACAAUGGAAACGCGAACGAAACGUAUGGGAUGGAUGGACGCUGCAUGGUCGAUGGGAAGACCCCUGGGUACUUUGCUCGGUGUAUGGUUAUACCAAACAUUCGGUUACGUAGCUGUUUUCGCCGUCUCCGCCAUCCUGUGGCUAAUUUGCUUAAUUUAUACCGCAACUGUUAUUAAAGAAAGCAUUACAGAGCCCAGUGGAACAGUGGAGUCUGAAGAAAAUCCCUUUCAAUUUAUGAUCAGCUUGUACCAAACAGUUUUCAAACGUUACCCUCAUCGAGUUCGAGUUUAUUUACUUUUACUUGUAGCUUUCAAAUUGGGUGUCUAUCUCGUCCAAGGGCAUCAAUGGUCGGGCGCAAGUGACAUUUCCCAUCAAAUUGGGAUGGUUGUGUGGGUCGGAGUGGCAUCGUCUUACCACCUUUCGGAUUAUACUGUCGCUAUCUUUGGAUUGGUAUCCAUCGCUAUCUGGAACAUCGUGUUAGCCAGCAUUGUCGACCCGUGUAUGUGGUGGUUGGUUAUUGUUGCAACGCUAUUAGGCGCUCCUAAAGCGAGCAUCGAACCAGCCUUGCGAUCUCUAAUAUAA